UUCAAGAUUACAAUGGUGAGCUGAUCUGACUUGGAUGUAAAAGCAUCUUAUGUAUAACUGAUCUCUUUGUUUGACUUAUCAGAUUUUAGUGAGAACGGCUGCAUUACCCUAUGGACACGUGGUCAGAAUAAUGUCACCUGUUCCUGUGACCAUCUCACAUACUUUGCUGUGCUCAUGGUUCCUGCUUCCCCAUCACCUAAAGACCAGGAGAUUUUAACAUACAUCACUCUGAUUGGCUGCAGUCUGUCUCUUUUUACCCUGGUCAUCACUGUUUUGCUCUUCAUCACAAAUAGAAAGGUCAGAGAAGAUGUUUCUAUGAAGGUCCACAUCAACCUCGUGAUUGCCCUGAUCCUCCUCAACCUGCACUUCCUGCUAAGUUCCAGGGUGGCAGCAGUGUCCUCCACUGGGGUCUGUUUAUACAUGGCUCUUGCCCUUCACUACUCUCUAUUGGCCACUUUCUUCUGGAUGGCCUUGGAGGGAUUCCACCUCUACCUUCUCUUAGUCAAAGUCUUCAACAUCUACAUCAAGAGAUAUCUGCUCAAAAUCAGCGUGGUGGGAUGGGGUGAGUGGAAUAAUUUAAGCAUGAAGCUGUUAUUAUCAUAAUUUGAAUAAGUGUUCAGUUCUUGUGUUUCAGGUGUUCCAGUAGUCAUUGUGUCAGUGGUGGUGAUCAUAAACAGAGGCUUUUAUGGUCUUGUCUCUCUGGACACAUCUAACCCCAACAAAAGGGCAAUGUAAUUCAUAUUUACUCAUAAAUGUUGGUAUAUGCAAUCAUACUUUCUCUAAAUGUACAUGGUCACACUGAAAAUUAUCAUAAACAUAAUGGGCACCAAACUCAAUUUCACCAAGCAUCUAAUUAGACAAAGCUGAGAUACUGAGUAGUUUCUGGUAUAUUUAACCACAUGUAUCUAGAAAUCUGCAAUCACAUCUCUAUGGAGUACAGAAUGUACUUUUAAAUUUCACAGUCUGAGAGACUGAAACAUGUAUUAUGUGCAUUCCCUUUCUUUUAGAUGCUAUAUAACCAAUAACACUGUAAAUAUGGGGACUACAGUGGGACUAUUCAGCUUGGUGUUCCUCUUUAACAUGUUCAUGUUUGGAGCAACAAUCAGAUGUGUUUGGGUUCUACGCAAAAGCACAGAGGUACGGGCAGUUUUGUAUUGCUAUUAAAAUUGAAGUUUUCUCUGUCAAUAUGUCCUGUGAAAGCUCAAAUAACUAGUAUAACUAAAUAAUUAAAUUAGUCUCAUCAGCUGGG